AGAUGUAUAUGUGUAAGUUCACAUAUCCUACGGAUAUUUAUAUACACGGUGCAAGUGCCUUCCAGCACCAUAAUCCGGUCUUGUCCUCGUCGUGACUUGUCGGUGACGCAACUCAUAUAUAGAAGUCAGGAAAGUAAAUCCAACAGACGUUAUUCGUCUUCGAGAAGGAACGAAUCUUUCUAAUAAGAAUAACUUAGUGUACCAUAGAAAGAUGCACAAAUUAUUCAGAAUCGCAAUCUUAGUAAUCCUCCUGGCAAGAUGGAGAACCUACGCCGAAGUCUAUGAGGGAACGAUGAUGACGAUAAACGACAGGACGCUGUUCAUAAGAAGUCUUCCUGGUUACCCUGGAAGUAGAAGCAACCUGUACGAAGUUUACAUGGAACCCUAUUUCUUUGUAAUCGGAUUGAAAGCAGUGGUUGAGAUGAAAGCUCUCGGAAAAGAUGGAUCACCAAUAGAUGGUCCUAGAGGAAGCUUAACACUGGAACAACAAGUAGAUGGGGUCAGAAUAACUGGAACUAUAACAGGCUUGAGUCCAGGCUUGCAUGGAUUUCAUGUUCACGAAAAAGGUGAUCUUAGGAAAGGAUGUGAUUCUGCUGGACCGCACUUUAACCCAUACAUGGUAAAUCAUGGAGCACCAAAUGAUCCGUUGCGACAUGUCGGUGAUUUGGGUAACGUCGAGGUUGGUCCUGAUGGAAUAGCACGAAUCGAUGGUAUGGAUCGUUACUUGAGUUUGGUUGGAGUUCGUGGUGCCGUUGGAAGAGCUUUAGUAAUACAUGCAAAACCUGAUGACUUUGGUCGAGGAGGAACCGAAGAAAGUAUUAAAACUGGAUCAUCCGGAGCUCGAUUAGCUUGUGGAAUUAUUGGAUUUUUAUAAACGUACAUAUAUUUUUGUUUAUCUUUUUUUUUUCGUAUAAUUUUAUACUGCCUAUAAUCUCGAGUCAAUUUUAUUUUUGUAUCGAUAGUAUCUAAUCGUGUCUUAGACUCGGACUCAAUCAACCGACUUGAAAGUAAAUAAAAACGACGAAUGUGAAAGGAUUAGGUUUCUAUAUGGCAUACCCUAAAGGUAUACGACCAAUCCUUUAAUUUAACAAGCAAUUGUAAUUUGUUAUUAACGAGUGUUCCCUUUCUAAUGUUAACUGCUCUCUUUUACAUUACAUAAAUAUUUUUAUACAAAUAAAACGAUCAUUUAAACGUAAUAAAUAAACAAAUAGGAACUCAACAAAAAUAUAUGCUUUUUCAUUCCACGAGAUGAUGGUAAUAAUAAUCUAGUAAUAUACAGUAGAAGACAAAAGUUUCAAACGAAAAUCAACGAUUAACAGAGUAUUCUUAUAAUUAUACAUAUACUUAUAAACUAUUUGUGUGCAAUAUUGUUCUACGCUAUUUUUAUUAAUUUGAAAACUUAAUAGUUUGAAUAUACUUGAAAUAUAAUGUGAUAAUCUUAGAAAAAAAUUGUCCUGAAGUUUUAU